CUUUGAUUGGCCGAGAGGCGAUGGUGGCAAGUGACAGCUCUUACAACCCACGAGCACAAAUCGGUCAAAGAAAAAAAUAGUUUACUGAAAACAGUUAACUGCCAGCAGAAGACAAUCACAAGUUAUCUAUACUGGUCCUCUGGAACUCCAACCAACACUGUCACCUCAGCUUACAGAGCCUCGAGCCAGGUGUUUGAACUGCUGUACUGACCAAGCCAUCUGUUGGGUCGAUCAGAUGAAGCAGGAUGACUGCAUUGCCAUUCGUCUGUCCUGUACACAUGGGUGUUGUUACCACUGGUGGCCUACAUGCUCAACUGCACAAAUACACUUUGGAGAGAAAUCUGAUCAAAUUGGAGAAACUGCUGAAUAAGGGUGUUGACGUCGACUGUGUCAACCACCUGGGUCAGACUCCGUUAUUCUGUACUGCUCUGUUGGGCCAAGUGAAGGUGACCAAACUGCUCCUGCAUCACGGAGCUGACCCCAACCAUCGCUGUGAGGACUGGAGCACCCCAGUUCAUGCAGGCGUAUUCUCCUGUAACCCCUCAGUGGUGAGUGAGCUGCUGGAUGCUGGGGGAGAUCUAAGACUCCAUGAUGGGGAAGGCAGGACGCCCUUUGACUGGCUCAGGUUUGUGAAGCAGGAAGACAGGGUCAAGAUGCAUGACUUCCUGGAGAGCUGCAUGUUUUCUAUGCAACAGCUGUGUGAGAGCCCAACCUUGACAAAGCUUUACUGUUGCCCAUCCCGCAUGUCCACCUCCAGCUUGUUACACCCUGUAUCAUUGCUGGAUCGCAUAAAAUCACGUGGAACUGACAUGCAGUUCAAAAGGAGGACAAACACCAAAUCUUCCUGCACAACAGCCCACUGUUUAGGCUUUGGAAAGGUGUGUGUAAACACACCAUUCCAGGCACUGGCUGUGCCAGCUUCUAUUCCACUGAUCCGAGAGAAUGAUCUGACCAAGGCUGAUCAAGAAACUUUGCUGUCCUUCACCUGUGGCUCUUUGACCUCCAUGACCAAUUCCAGGUGGAGGGGCUCCAGGGUGACAGUAAAAACACUGAGGGACAGUCACACAGCCUAUUUGGACCUGCUCCUCAUAGAACAAUACUACUGCAGUCAGCUAUUCCACCCGCAGUUGCUGCAGCUGAUGGCUGUGAGUCUGUCUGAUGACCUCCAGAGGACCAGUUUGGUGUUUGAACCAGUCAGUGUUGGAACACUGCACAACCUGCUGCACAACAGGUGUGCAGAGUUCCCAGUGCUGCAGGACAGGUGGCUGCUGUCAGUGUUGCUGCAGGUGUGUGAAGGUCUGGAGUACAUUCACAGGGGAGGCCUGGUGAUGAGGGCCCUAUCUUCCCACACUGUGGUCCUCACAGAGUUUGCAGUAGCCAAACUAACUGGUUUAGGCUUCAUUGUCCCCAGCAGUCAAAGUACAUGUGUCAAAUCCCCCAUCCACAUAGUCUUGCCCCCAAGCCUUUACAGAUGGGCUGCUCCAGAAGUCAUUAAACAGCGGCCGUGCACAAAGCAGGCAGACAUCUACAGUCUUUGUGCUCUGAUCCAGGAACUCUACACAGACAAUGAACCAUGGGGCACACUGGACCUGAAUGGGAUCAAAAUGGUGAUAGAUUCAGGACAGGUCCUGGCAGUAGACAGCAGCAUUCCACAGCCUUACUAUAAUGUGGUCCUUGAAGGCCUGCAGCAGCACCCACAGGACCGCACGUGCAGCCUGCAAAGCCUGUACAACACUCUACGACAGGACAUCAAGAGGUUCUCCCUGGAGGAACAGCUGCGUGGUGGGCUGUGUGCUUACCCAGAACAAGAGCCUGAGGUCCAGGACACAACACAGCAUAGCAUCAUUGGAGAACGAGUGCAGAGCAGUACUAAGCACAACACAAAAACAUGCAGGAUUCCCAUGAUUGUCAGGCCAGUAACAGUGAAGGCAGACACAAUAGUGAAAAGACAGGUCCACUUGGACAGACAACUGUACAGAGGAGCAAAGCCAGAGCUGGGACAAGGAGAAUCCAUGUUCCACCAAGUCUGCCCUUCCACACACAUACUUCCUCUGCUUGACGAGUUUGAGUUACGUAGUGUUGAGGAAGAACCUGAACCAGAGGCAGACAUAAUCUGGGAGAUAAUGGAGCAGCUGGAUGGCCUGAAGCUGUCAAAGUUAGCAAUGGAUGAGCAGAUCAGUACCAUUGCAGUCAACCUCAAAGUGUCCCAGGAGCUGGUGCAGCAGGCCAACAGGAGCCUAGACACAGUGGAAAAACACCUCCAGCUGGCCCACAGAGGGGAAGAUCAACUGGACUCAGUGACCGGACUCAGAGAUGCUCCUCUCUGUAUCCACACCAACUCUUCUUGUUCCUCCUCCACCUCUUCCUUCUCUAUGUCCUUCUCAAAUCUUUCAGGAGGUAGUGCUGCUGUUGGACCACCUUCAAAGCAGUACACACUUUUACCGCGCAGGAGAGAUAACUGGGUAAAAAAACUGGAGGCCCAGCUUUUGAGUAGAGAAUGGGAACUGCUGAGCCAGGAAGAGCUGGCCUUAUGGCAGAGUCACUAUCCAGCUGAACAACAGCAGGAUGAGGGGGACUUGUCGCUGCCUUUCCUUUCCUUAGGUUGCUACAAGACAGAGAGCCAUUCAGUGGGAGCUGAUGACAGCACAGACAAGCUGAGCAAGUACAGAUCAGCUCUGGACAGCAGCCUUCUCACCAUCCUCUCUGGGAAGAAGCAGCAGAUAUCCAGUUCACAAGAAAAUGCAGACAUUACACUGGAGGUGUGCAUGCCAGCAGCUCGUGAGAGUCAACUGCUAGAUACUCAAAUCACCAAAUAUGAGAGCUUUCCAGACAACUUUGAGAAAAUAGAACAUGAUCCUGAUAUUAGUGGAAUAAAGGCUCAGUAUACACCUGACACUAACAUGGCUCAGUUAGACAUGGCUGAACUCUCCAGCAUCACAUCUUCUCCAGCUCAGCUUCAGAAAAAACACUACAGUAUCUCUGUCAACGUACGAGCAUCACCCUGUAAUAGUACCCCACGUAGCGCAGACGUACACCAGCGUGUGAUGACAGGUGUUAUUAACUCCCCUGUCUGCAGCCACCUUAGCUCUGUGUUUCUCAGGACCGAGAGUUUCAGCAUACCAGGAGAAGGCUCAGAACAGCCUCUACCUGCCAGCAGUCCUCAGGGCUUCCUCACAGGCAGCCAGGAGAAAGAGCUGUUCACAGAUACUGUAUCUCCCAGCUCCACCGUCCACACAUGCUGCAGCAUGGUGGAAGGAGAGCACAAAGUACAAGAGAAAGAGGAAGGCAAGGAAGCAGGAUCAUCUAACCAGGAGCAGAGUGAGGAGAGGCAGGAGGAAAUGGAUGGAACUAGACAACCAAAGGUGUAUGUGGAGGAGGAAGAUAGGGCAGAGGAGGAACUUGAGGAAAGGGACAAAGGAUUGCAGAUGGUCAAACAGUGCAGUCAAGGAAAAGAAAACAUGACAGAGGAGGAGGAGGAGGGAGGACAGCAUGUUGAAGAAGACAGUGAGGAAGGAGAGCAUGGCUGGUGUGACCCACAGAGAGAUGUGGGAUCAGUAAAGGAAGAGGAGGAUGAAGAAUAUGUCGAUGACCGGAGUGAGCUUGGUGCUAGUACUGACUUAGAGGGAGAGGAUCAAGAGAACGAUAACAUGCUCAGCCUGUCUCCAGGGUCACAGCACAGUUCCAGUUUAUUGGAGGACACUGACAGAGCGCACUCAACACUCGAUGAUGUGCUGCAGGGCUUUUUAGUGGAGGGCACCAGAAAGAGCCCAGGAACAAGUAAAGAAGUGUGAGUAUCAAAUACAGACAGGCUGGGCAUGAUUUCAGUGCUGCUAAAACUUAUUCUUCAAAUUCACAUUCAAUUCAUAUACUAACUUUUUUCAGUUUAUUUUAUGGAGUAAAGACUGCUCAGUUAAACCUGCAAGCAAGUUAUUUUCUCUACAUCAGUUCAACAUUUUUUAGGCUGACCAAACGUCCUCUUUUGCCCGGACAUGUCCACUUUUCACGUCCUGUCUGGGGCGUC